AAUUGAACCUCGCGCUAGAACAAAACCGACUCCCCGAGCCCCUGCUUGAGAUAGAAGAAAAGUAAAAAAACACCGCACCAUGCCAGUAGAGGCAACACCGACGUCCUAGCUCCAGGUUCAAUUAUUCGAGUUCUUACGGUAACGCGGCUGUCAGAACUCCCAUCACCUCUACCCAAAACCCUCCAUUUCCUAUUCGUCGUUUCAAUUAUCUAUUCAUCAUGGGCAAAGCCAAGAAAUCGUUGCGGGAUUUCAUUAACGAGAUCCCGAAUUCAAAGCUUACCGGAUUCCCUGAGAGUACCGGGAUGAUUUACUCGGAUCGAAACUUCUGAUUAGACAUGCAAGGCGUAAGUACCCCUAAGGGCCGUGAGUAGGCUUCGUUACAGGGGCCCUGUUUGUGAUAAGUGGGGAAAAAUUAUGAGGAGAGAAUACUAAUAGCCAAAUAGAAGACCACCGAUGGCCGAUAUAACUUGCAAGUUCAAAUCAACAGGGGGACGACCAUUUCAACCCUUCAGGGUUUCGCUGCAGAAACGGUGGCCGGACCAGUCCUCGCCACGGGAACCAAAUCCGCCAGCACAAUUCGGGCCGGCCUCUUAGACACGAUGCAGUUCUGACUCUUGCGGACCCGCCCCUUGCUUAAUCUCAUGGUUUCCUUUUCGCACGUCUUGCUCGACUCAUCAACCGCUAUCUCCCGCACCCCUCCACCCUCAUAAAAUACACAGGACCGCGGCUACUACUAGGUUGGGGGGCCGGGAGCAGCAGAAGCCUUGAUUGUUUUUGCAGGGGAAAAUUUUCUCUUUUGUCUACUUCCUCUUCUUUUAUGUAUUUUUAUAUUUUUCUUGUUCUCUGUCCUCUUUUUUUAACCUACCUACACUAGGUUUCCGCGCGUCCUCCUAUACGAAAGGAACUCUACUCAUGUUGUAUUAUAUAAAUAGAAGAUAUGGGGGAGCUGGGAGAGGCGGAGGCGGAUUUGUCAAUUCCUUCCUUUCUGUUGAAAAGGAAAAUGGUUUUUUAAAAAUAAUAAUUUUAUUCUCUUCGUGCUUCGGGCUUUCUUGGCUUUAAUAGCUUGUCUACUAAACUAGUACCCUGAGCAAAAAAGAGAUAGUCAAAGCUGGACAAGAAAACAGAAAGGCAGUCGAUCACCAUUAACCAUAUGAUAAAUGAGAAACACAUCCCGCGGCCUCUAUACCUCAAGUGGUGAUUAUACCACAACGAACGGGGUUGCAUCUACUACCGGUACUUAGUACAGUACGAGUACAGGGGUGUUCAGUCAAUGGGCCAAAAGUGGUUGCCUAGCAACUACAAGAAGACUUACCAGUAUUAGACAUUCAACCAGAUCGGCCAUGUGAGCCUCGGACCGAUCACAAGCUGAGGCUCUUCCCCUGCAAAAGAAAAAUAUCUGCCGUCUUGGACUAUUCUCUAUCUUUAGUUCCUCCGGACCCGGGAGCUCCAUCGAACCUUCUUUCCCAUCUUCUUAUUCCCCUUGUUUAAGCUCAACUGCAUACCUCCUAAAACGAACAAUGGCUCCAGCACUUCCAACAACCACUUCAUCAUACUGGGCGACCAUGAACGGUCACUCGCCUGAUCAAUAGUAUCAUGGGCAACGUGAAACACCAAGAUGUAUCGAAAUAUGAUAUCUGGGCCUUGGGACUCCCAGUACAGGAAAGGACCCCAUAUAAUGGGCGAUACAGUUAGACAAACCCCUCUCUUGCCAUCCUGCCAAGAUUCGAUUAUGCAAGCGGCGCCUUUUCAGUCUCCCCAGACGGGAAGGUGAUGGGUAUAUUGCAACGGUACACUCUACAUAGACUGAUGGGGGGGCACCGUCACCUAUGCCUAUUACCUCUCGGCCAUCCCACAGAUUCUCGUAGUCGGAAUGGGGAGAUCGGGUAGCCGCGCUAGGCCCCACCUGCAGGGUAGCGCCUGAGGAACCGGGAGGCCCUU